AUACCAUCUAAAUAGCCAGACCCUUCCCUCAAGACUGCCUCGCUAUUGUUGGUGCUUAAGUAUCCGAAUCUAGAUUAUUCACGACACUUAACGUAUAUUCUCCCUGGCUAUUGGUGGAUCUCAUUCAGAGUCGACCUCCUUUAAACGACCCGUACGACAUCGUCAACAAUCCGACGAACAGAUAGGAAAGGACUGUAUAUAUCAUGAACUUCUUCGCUUCCAAACUACGAAACAAGUCUCCAGCUGAGCUGGUGAGGCUGUUGAGGGAUAACACCAUUAAAUUGGAGGCUGGGUAUGCGGCGAAUAACAACAUGGAGGCCAGCGAGGAGAUCUCGAAGAGUCUUUCGGCUAUGAAAUCAAUCUUGAACGGCGAAGCGGGAGAUCAGGACUCACUUGGCGGGAUCACUCAGCUCGCAAACGAAGUCUAUUCUCAAGAUGUACUCAAGCUUCUCAUUCUGAACAUGCCGAAGUUCGACUUUGAGGCGAAGAAGGAUGCUUCCCAGAUCUUCAACCUGUUGCUGCGAAGACAAAUUGGGCACCGAAGUCCGACCGUAGACUACGUCGGGAGGAAUAAGGAGCUUAUAUACUUGGUGCUGCGAGGGUAUGAGAACGAGGAUGUUGCCCUCAACACCGGCACGAUCUUGAAGGAGCUUUUGCGAUACGAGAACCUUGCUCGGAUUCUCUUGUACUCUGACGAGUUCUACCUCUUCUUGGACUAUAUCGAGAAGACGAGCUUUGGUACGAGCUGCGACGCGUUCGCGAACAUGAAGGAAUGCUUGACAAGACAUAAACCAAUGGUCGCUCAAUACCUUGACCAGCAUUACGAUCGAUUCUUCACGGCAUACAAGGGGCUGAUCUUGUCCCCAAACUACGUCACCAAGAGGCAAUCCUUGAAGCUACUUGGCGAGAUCUUGCUGGACCGGGCAAACUACGGGAUCAUGACCCGCUAUAUCGCUAGUACGGAGAACCUUCAGAUCAUCAUGAACACGCUGAGGGAUAAGAGCAGGAAUAUCCAGUUCGAAGCGUUCCAUGUAUUCAAGGUGUUUGUGGCGAACCCUAACAAGCCGCCGGCGAUCGCAAACAUCUUGCGAAAGAACAAAGAUAAACUUCUAGCUUAUCUCCGAGAAUUCCACAAGGAUCGGGAAGAUGAGCUAUUCAACGACGAGAAAGCAUACUUGAUCAAUCAGAUUGAGGCUUUGUGAUCACGCUCCAUUGUUGAGCUACUUUUCCGGCAGCCAUAUAUCCCCUUUCGGAGCUAUUGCCAUACCUGUUGCCUUUCCCAAGCACUCUCAUAAUGACACUUCACGACCCUUUCCAGGAUCCGGCCACUUGUAUAUAUCAUUUUAUUGUUAUCUUGCACUUUCCGAUAGCACAUCCGUUCAUCGCAUCCUUGCUACGCAGACCCGGACAC